GGAAGUGGCAUGCUCAGGAGCGGUGACGUGUUUCCGUUUAUUGCAGAAAAGAUGGCUAGCGCUUUUGAAUGCGUUUACUGAGUCAGAAACGUGAAUAUUGGAUAUCUUUUUUAAGAGAUUGAGGUGAAGCUGACCGUCUGCAGUCAUGGGUCGGCGCUCUACCUCCUCCACCAAGAGUGGGAAGUUCAUGAACCCCACGGAUCAGGCCAGGAAGGAGGCGCGCAAGAGAGAGCUCAAGAAGAACAAGAAGCAGAGGAUGAUGGUCCGAGCAGCAGUGUUGAAGAUGAAAGACCCACGUCAGAUCAUCCGAGACAUGGAGAAACUUGAUGAAAUGGAGUUCAAUCCGGUGCAGCAGCCGCUGCUGAAUGAGAAAGUUCUGCGAGACAAACGUAAGAAGCUGCGUGAGACGUUUGAGCGAAUCGUCCGUCUGUACGAGCGAGAGAAUCCAGAGAUGUACAAAGAGCUGCGCAAGCUGGAGGUGGAGUACGAGACCAAGAGAGGACAGCUGUCACUCUACUUCGACUCCGUCAAGAAUGCUGAAUCUGUGGAGGUGGACAGUAUUCCUCUUCCAGACAUGCCUCACGCUCCAUCCAGCAUCCUGAUCCAGGACAUUCCCCUUCCUGGAGCUCAGCCACCCUCCAUCCUGAAGAAGAACUCGGCCCUCGGGAAGGGCUCAGCGUUGUCAGCAGCCGCUCUAGCAGGAGUUCCUCGUCUCCCGCCAGGACGCAAACCUCCGGGACCCCCGCCGGGGCCACCGCCUGCACAGGUCCUGCAGCUAUACGCUAACACCCGCCGCACAGAAGGCGGCGGGUCAGACUCUGAGAUGAUGGACACCGGAGGGAGAGACAGCGACAGAGACAGCGACGCAGACGACGACAGCGACUCGCAGGAUGAUAGCGGCGCAGAGAGAGACGACGCAGAUGUUGACCCCAGAAUGAUGUCUGAUCGCCAUGGCGACAGAGACGAGGAGCGCGACCGGGGCGAUAAACACACGGGUCGCAGCGUACGAUUCGCUGACAUGCCUCCGCCCAAAGAGAAGAGGAAGAGGAGGGUGAUGAAGACGAAGAGCAUCACUCCACUGCAGGCCAUGAUGCUUCGGAUGGCAGGUCAGUCUAUCCCGGAGGAUGAGGAGGAGGACGACGAAGAGGAGUACACAGACUCUGAGGAGUCGGAUGCUGAGGAUCAGAUCUCCACAGAAGCCACUCAGUCAUUGGUCAAUCCCAGACUUUCUGUUCCAGCUGCACCAAUGGCAGCACAGCAGCCUCCCCCACACAUGCAGGCUCCACCAAUCACAGGGCCACCUCCUUUAGGACCACCUCCUGCUCCUCCAAUGAGGCCUCCGGGACCUCCGUCAGGACCGCCCCCUGGACCACCUCCCGGUGCUCCUCCUUUCCUGAGGCCCCCUGGACUCCCUGCGGCCCUCAGGGGCCCCAUGCCACGCAUGCUGCCUCCGGGGCCCCCUCCAGGGCGACCACCCGGACCCCUCCUGGACCCCACCAGGUCUGCCCCCGGCCCCCAGAGGACCCCACCACGCCUGCCGCCCCAGCCCCUGGUGAGAAUGCCCCCGGCCCCUCCGCCCCGUAUGGCUCCACCCCUCUCUCUGUUCCCGCCUCCACUGAAUCCCAACGUGCUCAGCGCUCCACCCAGCAUCCGGCAGAAGUCACCUGUGGCAACGACCUCCUCCAGCGACUCCGCCCCCCUCAUCCCACCGGCCCGAGGCUCCGCCCACCAGAUGCCACCCCCUCCUGGCACUACGCCCACCAUCGAGAAGCGAGCCACGGUCUCGGGCCCCGGGGCGUCCUUGGCCCCGCCAGGUGGAGCCACCAUCUCAGCCAAACCACAGAUCAUCAACCCCAAGACGGAGGUGACCCGCUUUGUGCCCACGGCGCUCCGUGUGCGCAGGGACCGGGCCCCGGGCCGCAGGGACGAAGAGCCACCCAAACCAGCCGCCGCAGCCAAGCCCAGCCAGCCGCCCGGAGCUGCGCCGCCCGGCCUCAAGACCAAGGACCAGAUGUACGAGGCCUUCAUGCGCGAGAUGGAGGGCCUGCUGUGAGCUGCUGUACUUUCAUAAGUGUGUUUUUACCUUCAGAUGUGAAUAAAUCUCAGAUGUCCAUUCA